AGGCACGUGUUUAAUCCUUACAAGCCAGGUACUCAUCAUCGGAGGCUGCGGAAUGUCAUUUAUGUCAGCCUUUGUUCACUGUUAUCAGCACAACAUAAACGAAGUCGGGGCAAGGUAUUCUCUCAUCGUGCUCUCUGGUGUAACAAGCACAGCCAUCUGCUUUGGCCAUAUCGCCGGCAUACUGUUCGACACGUACAUCAUGGAAGGUCAUCCGUAUGUGCAAGGUGUCCAUUCGUUGCUGAAGAUGCAGCUUCUUGUGGCCGUGCUUUUAUGUACUAUGGCAGUCUACUGCAAGAUGAACCCUCGUCCUGUGGCGAGGAUGGGAUACCUGAAUCCGAACGGCUCACUACGGCUUUGAUCUGCACAAAGUGUAGCAUUCAUUCAGUAAGGUUUUCUAUUUCUAUUUGAUCUGACGGAUAAUAAAUGCGCUGGCAGCACUCUAUAGUAGACAUUGAAA